AUGUCUGGCUUUGCAUCACUCCAACCAGCCUUGACGGCGAGGCUUACGUUCAAGCCUCCUGUGGUCAUUGGUAACGUUAACAGGGGUGGUCAACAAUUUAUCGCGUUGAUCAACGAGGGUGGUUCUCUCAAGAGCGAACCUGGGUUCUCUCCCGCCGUCGAUGCCGAAUUCGUGUUUGGUACGGAUCAUUUUUGGGUCAGCCCUGAUCAAUCGUACGCCACGAUUGAUGUGAAAGCGGCAAUGAAAAAUGCCGACGGCGCGACCAUUUCAUAUAUGUAUAACGGCAUCAUCGAGAUCAACGAGGAAUUCGGGAAGAUCUUGAUGGGCAGCCCGGAUGCAAAGACUGUUGAUUUUGGGCUAGUCUUUACACAUACUGGUGCAUCGCCCUUGAAAGGCUUGGAGAACGCCCGCUUCGUUGGUACAAGUAGAUUUAUUAUGGAAGAAGGAAAACCUCAGGUUAUCGAGAUGAAGAUCAGCAAGAUUGUGAAAGGCCAGUAG